UAUAUAUAAGGGACAGAUUUCUCUACUGCCAUUGCAAGUACGUACUUUGCUCAUCUGUAUUGAUAUUUUGAUACUAGCGCUUUUUCACUUCAUUUCACAAUGGAACUGUUCAUAUCUUUCCUCCUCAUGAGCCUUGCACUGUCAUUCUCCCACCUUGUUUCUGCAAGUUUUCAUGAUCACUUUGACAUCACAUGGGGAAAUGGUCGAGCUAAUAUACUCAAUAAUGGCAAAUUGCUCAACGUUUCUCUCGACCAGACCUCAGGUUCGGGGUUCCAAUCGAAGAGGGAAUUUCUAUUUGGCAAAAUUGAUAUGCGCAUUAAGUUGGUUGCCGGUAACUCAGCAGGCACUGUUACUGCAUACUAUCUGUCAUCACAAGGGGAUACGCAUGACGAAAUUGACUUUGAGUUCCUGGGAAAUCUAUCUGGAGAGCCCUAUAUUAUGCACACCAAUGUUUUCUCUCAGGGAAAAGGCAAUCGCGAGCAGCAAUUCUACCUCUGGUUUGAUCCCACAGCAGACUUCCACAAAUACUCUGUGACAUGGAACCCACAUCAGAUUUUGUUUUCUGUGGAUGGAAUUCCGGUGAGAGUGUUCAAGAACAGCGAACAUUUGGGUGUGCCAUAUCCAAAUAAUCAAUCGAUGAGAAUUUAUUCUAGCCUGUGGAAUGCAGACGAUUGGGCUACCAGAGGUGGUGCAGUGAAGAUUGAUUGGAGCAAAGCUCCCUUCGUUGCCUCUUACCGAAAUUUUAAUGCUCGGACGUGCAGUAGGUCUAUUGAUUGCUCUACAAAUUCUUGGCACAGUGAAGCAGCAUUGGAUUCGACUAAACAGCAGAAGCUUCAAUGGGCUCGUAAGAAUUACAUGAUAUAUGAUUACUGUUCGGACACGAAAAGAUUUCCACAGGGCCUUCCUGCUGAAUGCACUCACUAGACUUCCAUAUAAUUUCAAACAUGAAAGGCGUCUCCAUAGAACAGAGAAGAUUCUGCCAAUUCUUUAUUUGUAUCACUCCAGUUCAUUUGUUCUUACAGUAAUAAGCCUAUAUGAGCCUCUGAUUAUGCUGCA